AUGCACCAUUGGUUGAUUUUCAAUCUUGUGGUUGAGAUUUUAUCCCUCUCUCCUUCUCAUCUUCUGGACUUCUUCAUCAACCAUAAUCAACUCAAAUCUCUCUUUCCAUGGAAGCAGCAGUGCCACGGCUCUUCUACUGUGGACUGGAGCCAAUUCGCUUCUCCGUGUCCUCACGCCGUUCCUUCGUCUCUGGGAUUCUUCACCGGAAACGCUCUCAUCGGAUUUGAUUUCUUAAUUCUCUGA